GCUCCGCCGAGGAAACACGGACUAAGCUCCCGUUUCCAUGGACAACACGUCCAUUAUAACGCAAGUUACUAAUCCAAAGGAGGAGGAGAUAUUAUCGUCAAAUCCCGAAAAAGUCUCUCUGUCCAACAGCAGCCAGAAGAAGAAGAGUCGCCGUAGUCUGUUCAGCUCAUUUCUCUGCUGCCUGCGGAGCUAUGAUGCUGAUCCUCCCGCCAGCACCAACAACAACACCAGCAGCCCUCUUCCUCCACCGGUCGAGGAGAACGGAGCACCGCCGAAGUGUGAGCAGGCUGAGAUCAUCCCUGUGCCCGGUCCCCCAGAGAAAUACCUGCUACCUGAGGUUAACAUCAACGACUACGGCAAGAAGUGUGUGGUGAUCGACCUGGACGAGACCCUGGUGCACAGUUCGUUUAAGCCCAUAAGCAAUGCUGAUUUUAUUGUCCCAGUGGAGAUUGACGGCGUUGUGCAUCAGGUGUACGUACUGAAGAGACCGCACGUGGACGAGUUCUUGCAGAAGAUGGGAGAGCUGUUCGAGUGUGUGCUUUUCACAGCCAGCCUUGCCAAGUAUGCCGAUCCCGUGGCUAACCUGCUGGACCAGUGGGGAGUAUUCCAGGCGCGCCUUUUCCGGGAAUCCUGUGUUUUCCAUAGAGGAAAUUAUGUCAAAGACCUGAGCCGGCUUGGCAGAGAGCUGCACAACGUCAUAAUAGUGGACAACUCACCAGCUUCCUACAUCUUCCACCCUGAGAACGCUGUUCCAGUGCAGUCAUGGUUUGACGACAUGGCCGACACAGAGCUGCUGGAUCUGCUUCCGUUCUUCGAAGGACUGAGCAAGGAAGAGGACGUCUACUGCGUUUUGCAAAACCUCAGGGGCAGGUAGCAAGGCGCACCGCGUUUCUAUAAGCAGGCACAGCAUAGAGGUCGGAGGACGGAGGGUACUCCUGCUCCCCCAGACCUCACUUUCCCAGCAGCCUACACUGCUCACUACACAGGAACUGCAGACCUUCCGUCUGCAACCAGCUAGGGAGACCCUCACAGUGACGACGCUCCAUACGGACAGACCUUUACUGCUCUGAGACUGACCCACGUCCGGCUCUUCUCUAAAGUGCUUCACGAGAAACCAAAAACCCCCUGUUUUACCCCCUCCUAACACAAGAGAAUGCAAAAGCAGAUCUUUGGGUUGUUGCUAAGCAGGCGAUAAAGGACUGUGUGGGGAUUUUUCUUUACGUACCCAACCAAGUGCCUUUUUUGAAUGUCAUUUUUAGGGUUUGGGGGGGUCGACAUCGUUUUUGUAUGCAGAAUAUUUCCAGACAAAUCUUUUCCACAAUUCUACUCUUACACACAAACAGAGGCAGGUUUUGUAAGGGCACUGUAAGAUACCAGAUGGUAUUUUUAUUUUAUUUUUAGCAUUAUGGGGUAAAUGUCUCCAUCAGUGUUCCUGUUUCCUUUUGCUUUCACUUUUUUGUGCCAUCGUAGACAUGUUCCUUAGCGUUCAGGCUUCAUAGACGUGUGUAUGCUUGUCUCGUAAGAGCAAAGGCUCGCGUUUGCAUUUAAGGGGUUUAAACUUCUGCGUCUUGUUUGGGUUUUUAAGACGAGCGACAAUCUGAGAGCGCACAUUGCUUCGUUGUUCGGCUCCUUUUAAAUCUGUUCACUUGCUGAAGCCAAGCAGCGUGUGGGGAUAUACUGGGUUAUUAGUUCGUCUGACCAUUUCAGAACCCGCCCAGCGAUCAGUUAGUUCAGAUAGACGAGAGUUUUAGUUGGUAGACGUUAAAGAUUUUAGCGCGACUAUAAAGAUUCGGACGGCGCGACAUUGGCGCCACCGCCGUCCUUUUAAUUUAGCUGGACGUGAUCCUGACCCCUGGGAUGCGCGGUUGCGAAUGUGUCCGUCAGGCGUGUGCUGAUAAUAUCGAUUCACAAUACAAUAAUACUGUAUCUGCAGUUCUUUUUAGGGCUCUAAAUGUUUUUAAUUCAUUAAAUUGAUCAGACUGAUGUUUGUAAGCUGCUUUCCUAAUAGGGCUUCAUUCAUUUAGAGCACAAAUGCCAUCUAACCCGGGUGGCGUCUUCCAAAACACAUCGUUUGCAUGUCAGAUUGCUUUACGACAGAUUAUUGACACAUGCCUGGUGUCUUUUAUUCUUUUUUUUUUCUUUUUUUAAAAAUGUUGUCCUGCAUAUUUUAUUAGUAAAGAACCUUUUCGGUUUGGUGUUUGGACUUGUUUUGAGCUGCACCCUGCCGCUGCUACUACACAGCCGACUCCCUUACCUCACACACCUGAUCGAGUCCAGAAGUCUGCGUCAUGAGCGCGCAGACACCCAAACCCUCACCUUAGCACGUGCUCGUCUUUGGUGAGACGAGGGUCGAUCCAGACGGUUCCGAGAGGUGCUUUUGGGCUCUGGGUGCUGUGUGGCAGCGCUGCAGCGUGGAGCCUCUCUCACCACGGUGCCUAAGACAGGAGCGCUGGCUCGUCACAGCCAGGCUCGCAAUAAGCUCUGAUCGAAUUUCUCUCUAUGAAUCUAUGAACGACACUACGUCCUGUCAGUCUUGGUUUUCCUUUUGAUUGUUUUCGAUUCGAUCCCUUUGCACUACCUCUGUUCAAGGCUUCGUCUCCGCAGCCGCUCGAGAGAGUGUUUCGUCCUUUCGUUAAGCUAUCCCGUCAGUAUUUGGUUUGAAAUGUUUAAACACCUUUAUUUUUCUGCUGCUCGCUCUUCCCGUUUCUGCUCUGAUCGGCUCCUCGUGCUGCUUCUGUUAAGUUUAAGGUGCUUUUCACUGAUUUUUUUUUUCUUCUUCCUUCCGUCUCGUCGAUGAACCCGUCCGCCCGAGGUGGACCGCUCUCUGUCGGUCGAGGUUGUUUAGUUUUUGUUCUCCCAGCUUGAUUUUAUUUUGUUCUUUCACUUUUACUUAAAGGCACUACCUAGUAAUGGUGUCAUUACAUGUAUAAUCACAAAGCAUUACAUGCACUUGGGGUUUUGUCUUUUAAUUUUUUGGAUCUGUUUAUUAUUUUUGGAAAGCCAUGUAGUCACUGCAGCUUGAAACCAGUGACGAGGGGUUGUGCUGUGCCACGUUUGCAGUAUAUGAUCGAUGGUUUGUUGCAAGUUCUCUUUCAGACUUUGACAUUAUAUUAAAGCACCUUUUUAUGAAAAA